GUCUUUGGAUAACACCUUCAGUAAGAGAGACCCAAGAUCUCCUGGAGCUUUUGAACACGGGGAGCCCUCUGACUCACACAAUGGUGCAAGAAGGGCAACCUCAAAAUAGAGAAAAUGAAGUAUGGUGGUUUCAAGUGAGGGCCUGGUCUGUUGCUGUGAUUUUCAUAGCAUUCCUCAGUGCUUGCUUUACUGUGAGCCGUGUGGUGAAUUUUCAUUCUAUACAUGGCAAAACUGACAAAAGGCUGUCUGAACUACGCACAUAUAAUUCAGGUUUAACCUGCUUCAGUGAAGGAACGAGCAUGACAGAGAAAUACUGGAGUUGCUGUCCUUGGAAUUGGAAGUCCUUUAGUUUGAACUGCUACUUUAUUUCUACUGACACCAGAAAUUGGCCAGAAAGUAAAAAGAACUGCUUAGGAAUGAAGGCUCACUUGCUGGUGAUCAACACCAAGGAAGAACAGGAUUUUAUCAUUGAGAACCUGGAUGAAAAGAGUGCUUAUUAUGUGGGGCUGUCAGACCCAGAGGGGAACAGAGCCUGACAAUGGGUUGAUCAGACACCAUACAAUGCAAGUGCCACGUUCUGGCGUCCAGGCGAAUCCAGUAAUCCUUUGGAGCAUUGUGUUAUGCUGAAUAAACCUCCACGAAGCUCGUGGGGCUGGAAUGAUGUUACUUGUAAGGAACGUCACAGGUCAAUUUGCAGGAUGAUGAAGAUCUACUUAUGAGCGGGAAAUUCUCCAUGAACAUGCGGUUGAAUUAGUAGCCACCAAUAAAGAGUUACAUACUUUGCUUUUUAGAA